AUGGAGACAGCGAGGACAGUGAAGGACGUCUCUCCUCAUGAGUUCGUCAAGGCCUACGCCGCUCACCUCAAACGCUCUGGAAAGGUGGAGCUUCCUCCAUGGACUGAUAUUGUUAAGACUGGCAAACUAAAGGAGCUUGCUCCAUAUGACCCUGACUGGUAUUAUAUAAGGGCUGCUUCUAUGGCUAGGAAAAUCUAUUUGAGGGGUGGUCUAGGUGUUGGUGCCUUUAGGAGGAUAUAUGGAGGAAGCAAGAGGAAUGGAAGUCGCCCACCUCAUUUCUGCAAGAGCAGUGGUUCUAUUGCUCGUCACAUUCUUCAACAAUUGCAGAACAUGAACAUCAUUGACCUUGAUCUGAAGGGUGGGAGAAAAAUUACAUCCAGUGGCCAGCGGGAUCUUGACCAAGUUGCUGGACGUAUUGCAGUUGCUCGUUGA